AUGGACAACAACAUGGAAAUUGAUACCGCGCGGUCGCCCGAACCACACAACCUUUCGCCGACGAGCGACCCCGGCUCCAUACCGACUUUGGAUGGCUGGAUCGAGAGUUUGAUGACGUGCAAGCAACUAGCGGAGGAGGAUGUGCGGCGGCUGUGUGAUCGGGCACGAGAGGUAUUGCAGGAGGAGUCGAACGUGCAGCCAGUGAAAUGCCCAGUCACGGUCUGCGGUGAUAUACACGGUCAAUUCCACGAUCUAAUGGAGCUCUUCCGUAUCGGCGGUCCCAAUCCGGAUACAAACUAUCUUUUCAUGGGUGACUACGUUGAUCGUGGUUACUAUUCCGUCGAGACUGUGACUCUUCUGGUCUGCCUGAAGAUUCGUUACCCCCAGCGUAUUACCAUCCUUCGUGGUAACCACGAAUCCCGUCAGAUCACUCAGGUCUACGGUUUCUACGAUGAAUGCCUUCGCAAAUACGGCAACGCCAACGUGUGGAAAUAUUUCACCGACCUUUUCGACUACCUCCCCCUCACUGCUCUCAUUGAAAACCAGAUCUUCUGUCUGCACGGUGGACUGAGCCCGUCCAUCGACACUCUCGACAACAUUCGAUCUCUCGAUCGUAUCCAAGAAGUCCCGCAUGAGGGUCCCAUGUGUGAUCUGCUCUGGAGUGAUCCUGAUGAUCGUUGCGGUUGGGGAAUCUCUCCCCGAGGUGCGGGGUACACAUUCGGACAGGACAUUUCGGAAGCCUUUAACCACAACAACGGCUUGACUCUGGUUGCACGAGCACACCAACUGGUGAUGGAAGGAUAUAACUGGUCGCAGGACCGCAACGUGGUGACGAUUUUCUCAGCACCCAACUAUUGUUACCGCUGCGGCAACCAGGCCGCUAUUAUGGAGAUUGACGAGCAUCUUAAGUACACAUUUCUACAAUUUGACCCUUGCCCCCGAGCGGGAGAACCUAUGGUAUCGAGGCGUACACCCGACUAUUUCCUGUGA